CUUAUACACAAAAUUCAAGUAGGUAAUAGGUUUAAAUUGUUCCCCCUAUAAAAAAUUUGCACACAUCCCACUUUACAAGUUUAGAAGAAAAAGGAAGCAAUAACAACUAAGCAGGCUAGAAAAUAUACAACAGAUUUGGUCUCAAAAAACCAAGAUAAAAGAGUUCCCUUCUCACAAUAAAUAGGUGGGUGCUUGUUGUAGCUUCUUUUCGGAAAACUUUAUGUAUAACAAACUGGAGAUAUCAGAUUAAUUCAGUUUUAGAUUAUAACUCAAAAGCAGUAAAUUUAUCGAGUAGCCUCAUCAUAUACAAAUCUAUUUUACUUCACUAUAAUUUUUUAUUUUACUUGACCUAGUAACUUAACUGGUGGUCAGCGGUUUGAUUAGUGGCAUCAAUGUCAUUUACCAAACCAAAGCUUUUCUUCGUUGAAAAGAAAUCCCAACGGUCAUAUUUUUCACCUCAACGCAACGGAACAUUUCUUCAUCCCCAACGGUCAUAUUCAAGCCUCAUCGCUCUUCUCUGUUUCUAAUUCUCUCUUCCUCGAAUUCAAAGGUAAUAUUUCUCCAACGGUCACCUCAAGCCUAAACAAAACAUUGUUCUUCUUCCUAAUCCCCAACGGUCAUAUUCAAGCCUCAUCGCUCUUCUCUUCUCUCUCUCUCAUUCUCUCUUCCUCAAAUUCAAACGUAAAACAUCUCCAACGGUCAUAUCAUAUCCUCAAUUAAAACACUGUGCUUCUUCCAUCAUCAACGGUCAUAUUCAAGCCUCGUCGUUUGAAACGCUCUUCUCUAAUCUCUUCUCUGGAAGGCGAUCCAUUUCUUCCAAGCAAAAGAUUGGAAGUGGCAAUUGAGAUAAAAACUAUCAGCGCAGAUGUUCAGUUCUAGAGAUAAAGGAGGACUCUAAAAAUGGACUGCAUGCUCAGAAUUUGACUCAAAUAUUAAUCAAGAUGGGAAGCAAACAAUCUUCACACAUUUUAACCAUUCUUAUAUACUUCAGGGUUCCAAUGUUUGGGAGACUUUAACUUAUUUUGAUAAAUUUGUGCAUCUAAAUUUCAGGGCCUGUCAAGUGGAAAAGUUGGAGCAACAAGCAUAAAUCCCAAGAGCUCAAGGUCCCAUGUUAUGUGUGCUUUCAUCAUUGAGUCCUGGUGAAAGGACUAAUAGAGGUGUGUCUAUCCAAUCAUUCUACAUGAGGAAUUUUUAGCUGGAAAAUUGUUAACCAUUAGUGUUAUUAAUGAAGCAAUCAUACUGCUUCAAGCUAACCAUCAGUAUUAAUUUAUGAAUCAAUCAUCAGGACUGGACCUCAUCAAAUUCCCCUCUUUGCUCUUCACCAAAGUGGUGGUAAAUGGUGUAGCGUGUAAGGAUGCAAAGAUGGUUCAAGCCGAUGACUUCUUCUUCAGCGGACUUCACUUAUCAGGCAAUACAUCAAAUCCGACUGGGUCUAAAGUAAGUCCGGUAAACGUAGUCCAAAUUCCAGGUCUCAACACUCUUGGCAUCUCUCUAGCUCGUGUCGACUAUGCUCCAUGGGGUAUCAACCCCUCGCACACCCACCCUCGUGCCUCUGAAAUCGUGACAGUCGUCGAAGGCAGCCUGGAAGUUGGAUUUGUAACAUCUAACCCUGAAAACAAGCUCAUCACUAAGGUUUUAAACAAGGGAGAUGUGUUUGUGUUCCCUGUUAAUCUGAUUCAUUUCCAAAGAAAUGUAGGGCAGAGUAAAGCUGUGGCUAUUGCGGCUCUAAGCAGUCAAAAUCCGGGUGUUAUUACUGUUGGCAAUGCAGUGUUUGGAUCUAAUCCUGCAAUUCCUGGUGACAUUCUUGCUAAGGCUUUUCAGUUGGAUGCUAAAGUUGUUGAUUACCUUCAAAAUUUGUUCUAGUUUUAUUUGGCUAUAACUUCUUAGAGAUGUCUAAUUCUGUAGUUUCACUUUGUGUUUUUAU